AUGUCGAGCCAGCCUCUUCUUCAAACUGCUCCAGGCAAACGCAUCGCUCUGCCGACACGGGUAGAGCCAAAGGUCUUCUUUGCGAACGAACGGACUUUUCUCUCCUGGCUCAAUUUCACGGUUAUCCUCGGCGGACUAGCGGUCGGCCUGCUGAACUUCGGUGACCGCAUUGGUCGGAUAUCCGCUGCACUUUUCACCUUCAUCGCGAUGGCCGCGAUGAUUUACGCCUUGGUGACAUUCCACUGGCGCGCGCAAAGUAUUCGGCGGCGUGGACAGAGUGGGUUUGAUGAUCGCUUUGGGCCGAGUGUCCUAGCACUGGCUCUGUUGGCGGCGGUUGUGGUGAACUUUGUCCUCCGGAUUCGGGAGGGGGACUUGUAG